CAGUUAACCCAUGGUUAGACAUUGUCUUUUGUGCUUGGUUAAUAUCAUUAAAUAACGCAAAGAAAAAUGCUUGCGAAACUCAGGUAUUUAUGGAGAAGAUUUUUGUAUUGUAAUCAUUAGCAUAUCAUAAAGUGAAAAUAUCACAACAUCAAAACAUGGUGAUAAAUUAAAGAAAAAUCUUACAAAGAAGUCAUAUUUCAGAUUACUCGUGGCUGUUGUUUGAAACUAUACAAUCAUCAUGGAAAACUUUAUGAAGUUGUCAUUGCUUAUUAUCACUGCAUUGAUUACAAUAUCAAAAUGUUCUACAUUUAAAGCGCCAGUGAAAAUAGCUGCAUUUAAUGUACAAGUGUUAGGCCAGACCAAAAUAUCCAAGACAAAUGUUGUGAAAAUUCUUGUUAAGAUAAUCAAUCGUUAUGACAUAAUACUAAUUCAAGAAAUACGCGACUCAAGGUUGAAUAAAAAUGCAAUGGACAUUCUUCUUCAAAAAGUGAAUCGGUACGCUAAGAAGAAUGGUACUGGCAAGUACGCAAUGGUAAUAAGUAAAAGAUUGGGUCGAACAAUAAGCAAAGAGCAAUAUGCUUUCUUGUAUAGAAAAAACAUCGCCAAGGUUUUAGCAUUCCACACAUAUUUGGAUAGCAAAGAUGAUUUUGAGAGAGAACCAUUCGCUGUAUACUUUCGUCUCCAAUCCGCAGCAGUGAAAGAUAUUGUGUUUAUUGGUGUUCAUGCCAAGCCUGAUGACGCAGCAUAUGAAGUGGAUAAACUGGUUGAUGUAUACGAUUACUUUAUGAAAAGAUGGCGUUCGCCAAACGUAAUUAUCAUGGGUGAUUUCAACGCUGCAUGUGAUUACGUUCGUGAUAGAGAUUGGCCAAAUAUACGUCUUGCAACAGAUCAAAGAUUUUGGUGGCUUAUUGAUGACAGCGAAGACACGACAGUACAGGGUUCAAGAUGUGCUUAUGAUAGAGUGAUAUCAAACUUUAAUCUACUCAAGGACAUUGUUGGUGAAAGUGUUGGAGUUUUUAACUUUACAUCUUUUUACAAUCUUGAUAUAAACAAGGCAAAAAUGAUCAGUGACCACUAUCCAGUAGAGUUUCAGAUCAAAGGAAAAGGUUGGAGACAACAGAAAAGAUUGGAUUUUGUCCUCAGUAGUGAAAUACAAAAUAUUACGGAGAAACAAAUUUAUGAUAAGAUAUCAAAUAGUCGCAGCGAUUUUAUUGAAAGCAAACUGUACAAAAACGAUAGUGAAACAGCCCAAAUUAAAUUAACGACUGAAAUAUUUUAUGAUAUAAACUCAACGAUACAAAUGGUUUACAUAAUAUAUAAACAAUUUAAGGCUGUAAUGGGAGAUAUUCAACCUUGGUUUGUAGAAAACCAUUUUAAGAAACUAAAACGUGAUUCCGAAAGGUUUCCUUAUCAGGUUUUUACGAAGUUUCAAAACGAAAUCAAUGUUAACAUAACCAUAAAUUUGGUUUGGAACUUCAAUGCAAAGAUAUCUUGUGAUAUGGCAAUUUCAAAAAACAUUUAAAAAUACGUGGAACAUAAUUUCUGUUAAAUAAUAAUCACUGGUCAAACUCAGAGUAAAAUAACAUAUCGUAGCUAAUACAUACCUACAGUAUAUAUGGUGACAGUAUAACUUUUGAAUCAUAUCAUAGAAAAACCAUAAGAAAAUCAAAAUGACUAACCCAAGAAAAUAUUUGUACUACUAGUGAAGGUAAUACAUGAAUUCUCAUUAAGACAAACUUGCCAAAAUUACCGUAGUGUUAUGUCGUUGAGAUAAAUGAUAGUAGAUUACAUUCAUGUGAGAUUAGGACAUUACUGAUGGAUCAUCAAUUGGAUAUUUAUUGAAGUAAAUUUCAGGAUAUGUUUUCUGAAACUGAGAAUAAAUAAAUAUAUUUUAUUCACAUGAUAAUUAAAAUGGAUCAUUAUAAAA